AUGAUACCUGCAUUGUUAUAUAGCAGGGAACAUACCGAAUCUUUUACAAGGAAUCGAGCUUCGUUGUGUCUUGCGCUCCGGGUUUGCUUCGGUUGUCAGGGCGCAACCGCGACCGGAUCCGAGUCGGAUCUCAUCCGUUCGCACGUGUACGCAUUUUUGGCAGGUGCUCAAAGCGUUUCACAAGAGUAUACACUUUCUGACAGCUCUGUGUCGAAGACGGCGAUCGUGCAGCACGUGCGCACCGCCAUCAUGCCCAUGCUCUCGCAGCUCAAAGCCUCUAUUGACGCCAAGGUGCGCCUGGAGCUGCGCGUGGGGCGCAACGACUCGCGGGACGCGGGGAUCAUGGAGGAGGCGAAGAAGCUGCAAGCGACGUGCCUCGUGCUCGGCACUAAGGGCCGCGGGAUGUUCACCAUGCGCGGCAAGCUAUCAGGCAGCACGAGCGCCUACUGUGUGAAGAACCGCCCACCCACGCUCUCCGUGAUAGUAGUUGCCAAGGACAAGGUGCUGCUGACCAAGCAAGGCGACGCCACCCCCCCCGACCGCUCCCCUGCUCUCUCCAUGAGCAGCAGUCCCCUCCCUGGCGCCUCUUCCCCUUCCGUCCCCUCUGCUGGGUCCUCCCCUGGGGACAGCCGAAGAAACAGCGAGAGCCGGAGCGGCAUGGUGGCAGCUGCGUCUUCUGUGGCUGGGGUGGCAGCAGCGGGAGGGACGCUGGAAGCAUGGAGUGGGGUCUACUGCCGUGUGUACUCUUAUGAGGAGAUUCAGAGAGCGACGGACAACUUCAGUCCCCAGCUGCUGCUGGGGGAGGGCGGUUGCGGCACUGUCUUUUCUGGGCUGCUGGGCGGCAGCAAGGUGGCUGUGAAGGUCGAGCUACUGAGUCAAAUUCACCACCCACAUGUGCUGUCGCUGCUGGGGUGCUGUUCCUCCCACCACUACAUUACCAAUUCACUCUCUACGCCAUCUCUCGCUCUACUCCAUCUCUCGCUCUACUCCAUCUCUCGCUCUACUCCAUCUCUCGCUCUACUCCAUCUCUCGCUCUACUCCAUCUCUCGCUCUACUCCAUCUCUCGCUCUACUCCAUCUCUCGCUCUACUCCAUCUCUCGCUCUACUCCAUCUCUCGCUCUACUCCAUCUCUCGCUCUACUCCAUCUCUCGCUCUACUCCAUCUCUCGCUCUACUCCAUCUCUCGCUCUACUCCAUCUCUCGCUCUACUCCAUCUCUCGCUCUACUCCAUCUCUCGCUCUACUCCAUCUCUCGCUCUACUCCAUCUCUCGCUCUACUCCAUCUCUCGCUCUACUCCAUCUCUCGCUCUACUCCAUCUCUCGCUCUACUCCAUCUCUCGCUCUACUCCAUCUCUCGCUCUACUCCAUCUCUCGCUCUACUCCAUCUCUCGCUCUACUCCAUCUCUCGCUCUACUCCAUCUCUCGCUCUACGCCAUCUCCGCUCUCUACUCCAUCUCUCGCUCUACUCCAUCUCUCGCUCUACUCCAUCUCUCGCUCUACUCCAUCUCUCGCUCUACUCCAUCUCUCGCUCUACUCCAUCUCUCGCUCUACUCCAUCUCUCGCUCUACUCCAUCUCUCGCUCUACUCCAUCUCUCGCUCUACUCCAUCUCUCGCUCUACUCCAUCUCUCGCUCUACUCCAUCUCUCGCUCUACUCCAUCUCUCGCUCUACUCCAUCUCUCGCUCUACUCCAUCUCUCUCCUCUACUCCAUCUCUCGCUCUACUCCAUCUCUCGCUCUACUCCAUCUCUCGCUCUACUCCAUCUCUCGCUCUACUCCAUCUCUCGCUCUACUCCAUCUCUCGCUCUACUCCAUCUCUCGCUCUGCUCCAUCUCUCGCUCUGCUCCAUCUCUCGCUCUGCUCCAUCUCUCGCUCUGCUCCAUCUCUCGCUCUGCUCCAUCUCUCGCUCUGCUCCAUCUCUCGCUCUGCUCCAUCUCUCGCUCUGCUCCAUCUCUCGCUCUGCUCCAUCUCUCGCUCUGCUCCAUCUCUCGCUCUGCUCCAUCUCUCGCUCUGCUCCAUCUCUCGCUCUGCUCCAUCUCUCGCUCUGCUCCAUCUCUCGCUCUGCUCCAUCUCUCGCUCUGCUCCAUCUCUCGCUCUGCUCCAUCUCUCGCUCUGCUCCAUCUCUCGCUCUGCUCCAUCUCUCGCUCUGCUCCAUCUCUCGCUCUGCUCCAUCUCUCGCUCUGCUCCAUCUCUCGCUCUGCUCCAUCUCUCGCUCUGCUCCAUCUCUCGCUCUGCUCCAUCUCUCGCUCUGCUCCAUCUCUCGCUCUGCUCCAUCUCUCGCUCUGCUCCAUCUCUCGCUCUGCUCCAUCUCUCGCUCUGCUCCAUCUCUCGCUCUGCUCCAUCUCUCGCUCUGCUCCAUCUCUCGCUCUGCUCCAUCUCUCGCUCUGCUCCAUCUCUCGCUCUGCUCCAUCUCUCGCUCUGCUCCAUCUCUCGCUCUGCUCCAUCUCUCGCUCUGCUCCAUCUCUCGCUCUGCUCCAUCUCUCGCUCUGCUCCAUCUCUCGCUCUGCUCCAUCUCUCGCUCUGCUCCAUCUCUCGCUCUGCUCCAUCUCUCGCUCUGCUCCAUCUCUCGCUCUGCUCCAUCUCUCGCUCUGCUCCAUCUCUCGCUCUGCUCCAUCUCUCGCUCUGCUCCAUCUCUCGCUCUGCUCCAUCUCUCGCUCUGCUCCAUCUCUCGCUCUGCUCCAUCUCUCGCUCUGCUCCAUCUCUCGCUCUGCUCCAUCUCUCGCUCUGCUCCAUCUCUCGCUCUGCUCCAUCUCUCGCUCUGCUCCAUCUCUCGCUCUGCUCCAUCUCUCGCUCUGCUCCAUCUCUCGCUCUGCUCCAUCUCUCGCUCUGCUCCAUCUCUCGCUCUGCUCCAUCUCUCGCUCUGCUCCAUCUCUCGCUCUGCUCCAUCUCUCGCUCUGCUCCAUCUCUCGCUCUGCUCCAUCUCUCGCUCUGCUCCAUCUCUCGCUCUGCUCCAUCUCUCGCUCUGCUCCAUCUCUCGCUCUGCUCCAUCUCUCGCUCUGCUCCAUCUCUCGCUCUGCUCCAUCUCUCGCUCUGCUCCAUCUCUCGCUCUGCUCCAUCUCUCGCUCUGCUCCAUCUCUCGCUCUGCUCCAUCUCUCGCUCUGCUCCAUCUCUCGCUCUGCUCCAUCUCUCGCUCUGCUCCAUCUCUCGCUCUGCUCCAUCUCUCGCUCUGCUCCAUCUCUCGCUCUGCUCCAUCUCUCGCUCUGCUCCAUCUCUCGCUCUGCUCCAUCUCUCGCUCUGCUCCAUCUCUCGCUCUGCUCCAUCUCUCGCUCUGCUCCAUCUCUCGCUCUGCUCCAUCUCUCGCUCUGCUCCAUCUCUCGCUCUGCUCCAUCUCUCGCUCUGCUCCAUCUCUCGCUCUGCUCCAUCUCUCGCUCUGCUCCAUCUCUCGCUCUGCUCCAUCUCUCGCUCUGCUCCAUCUCUCGCUCUGCUCCAUCUCUCGCUCUGCUCCAUCUCUCGCUCUGCUCCAUCUCUCGCUCUGCUCCAUCUCUCGCUCUGCUCCAUCUCUCGCUCUGCUCCAUCUCUCGCUCUGCUCCAUCUCUCGCUCUGCUCCAUCUCUCGCUCUGCUCCAUCUCUCGCUCUGCUCCAUCUCUCGCUCUGCUCCAUCUCUCGCUCUGCUCCAUCUCUCGCUCUGCUCCAUCUCUCGCUCUGCUCCAUCUCUCGCUCUGCUCCAUCUCUCGCUCUGCUCCAUCUCUCGCUCUGCUCCAUCUCUCGCUCUGCUCCAUCUCUCGCUCUGCUCCAUCUCUCGCUCUGCUCCAUCUCUCGCUCUGCUCCAUCUCUCGCUCUGCUCCAUCUCUCGCUCUGCUCCAUCUCUCGCUCUGCUCCAUCUCUCGCUCUGCUCCAUCUCUCGCUCUGCUCCAUCUCUCGCUCUGCUCCAUCUCUCGCUCUGCUCCAUCUCUCGCUCUGCUCCAUCUCUCGCUCUGCUCCAUCUCUCGCUCUGCUCCAUCUCUCGCUCUGCUCCAUCUCUCGCUCUGCUCCAUCUCUCGCUCUGCUCCAUCUCUCGCUCUGCUCCAUCUCUCGCUCUGCUCCAUCUCUCGCUCUGCUCCAUCUCUCGCUCUGCUCCAUCUCUCGCUCUGCUCCAUCUCUCGCUCUGCUCCAUCUCUCGCUCUGCUCCAUCUCUCGCUCUGCUCCAUCUCUCGCUCUGCUCCAUCUCUCGCUCUGCUCCAUCUCUCGCUCUGCUCCAUCUCUCGCUCUGCUCCAUCUCUCGCUCUGCUCCAUCUCUCGCUCUGCUCCAUCUCUCGCUCUGCUCCAUCUCUCGCUCUGCUCCAUCUCUCGCUCUGCUCCAUCUCUCGCUCUGCUCCAUCUCUCGCUCUGCUCCAUCUCUCGCUCUGCUCCAUCUCUCGCUCUGCUCCAUCUCUCGCUCUGCUCCAUCUCUCGCUCUGCUCCAUCUCUCGCUCUGCUCCAUCUCUCGCUCUGCUCCAUCUCUCGCUCUGCUCCAUCUCUCGCUCUGCUCCAUCUCUCGCUCUGCUCCAUCUCUCGCUCUGCUCCAUCUCUCGCUCUGCUCCAUCUCUCGCUCUGCUCCAUCUCUCGCUCUGCUCCAUCUCUCGCUCUGCUCCAUCUCUCGCUCUGCUCCAUCUCUCGCUCUGCUCCAUCUCUCGCUCUGCUCCAUCUCUCGCUCUGCUCCAUCUCUCGCUCUGCUCCAUCUCUCGCUCUGCUCCAUCUCUCGCUCUGCUCCAUCUCUCGCUCUGCUCCAUCUCUCGCUCUGCUCCAUCUCUCGCUCUGCUCCAUCUCUCGCUCUGCUCCAUCUCUCGCUCUGCUCCAUCUCUCGCUCUGCUCCAUCUCUCGCUCUGCUCCAUCUCUCGCUCUGCUCCAUCUCUCGCUCUGCUCCAUCUCUCGCUCUGCUCCAUCUCUCGCUCUGCUCCAUCUCUCGCUCUGCUCCAUCUCUCGCUCUGCUCCAUCUCUCGCUCUGCUCCAUCUCUCGCUCUGCUCCAUCUCUCGCUCUGCUCCAUCUCUCGCUCUGCUCCAUCUCUCGCUCUGCUCCAUCUCUCGCUCUGCUCCAUCUCUCGCUCUGCUCCAUCUCUCGCUCUGCUCCAUCUCUCGCUCUGCUCCAUCUCUCGCUCUGCUCCAUCUCUCGCUCUGCUCCAUCUCUCGCUCUGCUCCAUCUCUCGCUCUGCUCCAUCUCUCGCUCUGCUCCAUCUCUCGCUCUGCUCCAUCUCUCGCUCUGCUCCAUCUCUCGCUCUGCUCCAUCUCUCGCUCUGCUCCAUCUCUCGCUCUGCUCCAUCUCUCGCUCUGCUCCAUCUCUCGCUCUGCUCCAUCUCUCGCUCUGCUCCAUCUCUCGCUCUGCUCCAUCUCUCGCUCUACUCCAUCUCUCGCUCUACUCCAUCUCUCGCUCUACUCCAUCUCUCGCUCUACUCCAUCUCUCGCUCUACUCCAUCUCUCGCUCUACUCCAUCUCUCGCUCUACUCCAUCUCUCGCUCUACUCCAUCUCUCGCUCUACUCCAUCUCUCGCUCUACUCCAUCUCUCGCUCUACUCCAUCUCUCGCUCUACUCCAUCUCUCGCUCUACUCCAUCUCUCGCUCUACUCCAUCUCUCGCUCUACUCCAUCUCUCGCUCUACUCCAUCUCUCGCUCUACUCCAUCUCUCGCUCUACUCCAUCUCUCGCUCUACUCCAUCUCUCGCUCUACUCCAUCUCUCGCUCUACUCCAUCUCUCGCUCUACUCCAUCUCUCGCUCUACUCCAUCUCUCGCUCUACUCCAUCUCUCGCUCUACUCCAUCUCUCGCUCUACUCCAUCUCUCGCUCUACUCCAUCUCUCGCUCUACUCCAUCUCUCGCUCUACUCCAUCUCUCGCUCUACUCCAUCUCUCGCUCUACUCCAUCUCUCGCUCUACUCCAUCUCUCGCUCUACUCCAUCUCUCGCUCUACUCCAUCUCUCGCUCUACUCCAUCUCUCGCUCUACUCCAUCUCUCGCUCUACUCCAUCUCUCGCUCUACUCCAUCUCUCGCUCUACUCCAUCUCUCGCUCUACUCCAUCUCUCGCUCUACUCCAUCUCUCGCUCUGCUCCAUCUCUCGCUCUGCUCCAUCUCUCGCUCUGCUCCAUCUCUCGCUCUGCUCCAUCUCUCGCUCUGCUCCAUCUCUCGCUCUGCUCCAUCUCUCGCUCUGCUCCAUCUCUCGCUCUGCUCCAUCUCUCGCUCUGCUCCAUCUCUCGCUCUGCUCCAUCUCUCGCUCUGCUCCAUCUCUCGCUCUGCUCCAUCUCUCGCUCUGCUCCAUCUCUCGCUCUACUCCAUCUCUCGCUCUACUCCAUCUCUCGCUCUACUCCAUCUCUCGCUCUACUCCAUCUCUCGCUCUACUCCAUCUCUCGCUCUACUCCAUCUCUCGCUCUACUCCAUCUCUCGCUCUACUCCAUCUCUCGCUCUACUCCAUCUCUCGCUCUACUCCAUCUCUCGCUCUACUCCAUCUCUCGCUCUACUCCAUCUCUCGCUCUACUCCAUCUCUCGCUCUACUCCAUCUCUCGCUCUACUCCAUCUCUCGCUCUACUCCAUCUCUCGCUCUACUCCAUCUCUCGCUCUACUCCAUCUCUCGCUCUACUCCAUCUCUCGCUCUACUCCAUCUCUCGCUCUACUCCAUCUCUCGCUCUACUCCAUCUCUCGCUCUACUCCAUCUCUCGCUCUGCUCCAUCUCUCGCUCUGCUCCAUCUCUCGCUCUGCUCCAUCUCUCGCUCUGCUCCAUCUCUCGCUCUGCUCCAUCUCUCGCUCUGCUCCAUCUCUCGCUCUGCUCCAUCUCUCGCUCUGCUCCAUCUCUCGCUCUGCUCCAUCUCUCGCUCUGCUCCAUCUCUCGCUCUGCUCCAUCUCUCGCUCUGCUCCAUCUCUCGCUCUGCUCCAUCUCUCGCUCUGCUCCAUCUCUCGCUCUGCUCCAUCUCUCGCUCUGCUCCAUCUCUCGCUCUGCUCCAUCUCUCGCUCUACUCCAUCUCUCGCUCUACUCCAUCUCUCGCUCUACUCCAUCUCUCGCUCUACUCCAUCUCUCGCUCUGCUCCAUCUCUCGCUCUGCUCCAUCUCUCGCUCUGCUCCAUCUCUCGCUCUGCUCCAUCUCUCGCUCUACUCCAUCUCUCGCUCUACUCCAUCUCUCGCUCUACUCCAUCUCUCGCUCUACUCCAUCUCUCGCUCUACUCCAUCUCUCGCUCUACUCCAUCUCUCGCUCUACUCCAUCUCUCGCUCUACUCCAUCUCUCGCUCUACUCCAUCUCUCGCUCUACUCCAUCUCUCGCUCUACUCCAUCUCUCGCUCUACUCCAUCUCUCGCUCUACUCCAUCUCUCGCUCUACUCCAUCUCUCGCUCUACUCCAUCUCUCGCUCUACUCCAUCUCUCGCUCUACUCCAUCUCUCGCUCUACUCCAUCUCUCGCUCUACUCCAUCUCUCGCUCUACUCCAUCUCUCGCUCUACUCCAUCUCUCGCUCUACUCCAUCUCUCGCUCUACUCCAUCUCUCGCUCUACUCCAUCUCUCGCUCUACUCCAUCUCUCGCUCUACUCCAUCUCUCGCUCUACUCCAUCUCUCGCUCUACUCCAUCUCUCGCUCUACUCCAUCUCUCGCUCUACUCCAUCUCUCCCUCUACUCCCAAUCCCUGAGGUCGAGCUACUGAGCCAACUUCACCACCCGCAUGUGCUGUCCCUGCUGGGCUGCUGUCCAUCCCACCACUGCAUAGUGUACGAGUUCAUGGCAAACGGAACUCUCGAGGAGCGCCUGCUCUGCGCCAACAACUCGCCGCCCCUCCCCUGGUUCGCCCGCCUCCGCAUCGCCGCUGAAAUCGCCUCGGCCCUCCUCGCAUUACACUCGCAGCCAAAACCCAUUAUUCAUUUGGACUUGAAACCGGCGAAUGUGCUUUUAGACGAGAGGCUUGUAGCGAAGCUGGCCGAUGUGGGGGUUGCGAGGCAGAUGCCGGGGAGGGGGGGCUCGGACCAGGGCUUUAAUGUCACUCAUGCGCACACGUCUAUGCCGAUUGGGACCGUUGCUUAUGUCGACCCGGAGUACCAGCGGACGGGCGAUUUCAGCCCGAAAUCGGACGUGUAUGCCCUCGGGAUUAUCCUGUUUGACUUGCUGACGGGGCGGCAGCCGGCUCGGUAUGAGAAAAUAGAGGAUGCUGUGGAUGAAGGGGAUGAGGAGGCGUUGGGGAAGCUGCUGGAUGGCAAGGCAGGGAAGUGGCCUGUCGGGCUGGCAAUGGAGGUUGCGAGGAUUGCUGUGCGGUGCAGUGAGAUGAAGAGGAAAAAGAGGCCUGAUCUUGGGGAAGUGGUUAUGCCGGUGCUGAUGAGAGCACAAAAGGAGGCUGUGAUUAUGAUGGAGAGGAUGAUGGCUGAACGGAUAGUCGUCGCCGUUAGCAAGGACCCGUCGAGCCGCGAUGCCAUAAAAUGGGCGGUUCGGAAGAAGAUGAAGCGCGCCGAUGACAUUCUUAUCCUCCUCCACAUCGUCUCUAGGCUUCCUGCUCCAGGCGCGUACGGCAGCGGGGGGGCGGGUGGGGAGAUCUACCAGAGCGAGGCGACGACUGCUGCAUUCGUGGCGUACCUGCGGGACGUGGUGAAGCCCAUGAUGCUGCAGCUCAAGACCGCCGUGGAUCCCAAGGUGCAGGCGCGCGUGGAGCUGAAGGUGGGGCGCAGCAACUGGCGCGUGAGGGGCAUUCUGGAGGAGGCCACGCGCCUGCAGGCGUCCAUGCUCGUCAUCGGCGCGCAGCCCAGCCUGCACAGUGACUCGUUUGGCACGGGGGCGUAUUUCAUCCGCAACAAGCCGCCACACAUGUCAGUGUAUGUCAUUCAGGCGGGCAAGCUGCUGCUCAGCCACGAGGCGGACGGGCAGAUCACCGGCUCCCCUGCUGCCCUUGAUGCUGUUGCUCUUGAAGCUGCAGCUGCGGAGGAAGCAGGAGGAGGCGGAGGCGGAGGCGGAGGGGGAGGGGGAGGGGGGUUUGCAGACGGAACGGGGGCCCUGCUAGGCAUGUCUCCGGGGCAGUUUGAGGCUGGAGGGCCCUUGUCGGUGGAUCAGCUGCUGGCUGCCGGCCUGCGAUUGGACACGCCGGCUGCUGAGCUGGCGGCGCUGAGGCUACCUCCUGAAGUGUUGGAGCAACUGCUGGCCGCACAGAUGACAGCUGGUGAGUCCAGGUGGCAUGCGGUGUGUGCAGGUGGCAUGCGGUGUGUGCAGGUGUCAUGCGGUGAGUGCAGGCGGGCAGGUGUUGGUAACAAGUUGAAAUGUGGUCUAAGCGCUGGGUUUGACGGCUACGGAUACAGUCACAGUGCGAGCGACAUUCCGAUCGCUGUUCCUGCCACCACUGCCAAUCCCAACGACACUAACGCUGCCAACGCCAAUCGGCUUGGGCAGUUCCUCACUCCGCCUCGUUCUCGCAGUGGUAUGGACGGCUUGACGUCUGUACUCGCUAGAGACAGCCUCACUAGUAGCUCUGGGCCGCUCCCACGCCUCUCCCCUUCGUUUAAGCCCUCCAGAGGACGAUAUGAGGGAGGGGGGUACGAGGGAGUGGAGUAUGGGAGCACUGGUGCCUCUCCUGCUGCGGGGAGAAAGCUAAAGGCGAGUCGCAGCACUGUUGGCAGGCACACAAGAGAGAGGAGCGGCGGUGCUGGUGGUGCUGGUGUUGACUUUACUGCCAUGGCUGCGGCUGCAUGUGGCGUUGGAGACGUUUCUCGAGGGGCGGGGCGGAAGAGCGCGGCAGCGAUGGAGAUAGAGCAGAUGCGGCUGCAGGCUAAGGAGGCGGAAACAGCCCGGCUGCACGCAGAGAGGCGGCUUCACCAAAUGCGUGUGCACGCCCAGGCAGGGCGGGGGGAGUACCGCGUGUACAGCUAUGAAGAGAUCCAGGCCGCAACAGACAACUUCAACCCGAAGAACCGGCUGGGCGAGGGCGCGUUUGGCACGGUGUUUGGGGGGCGGCUGCACCACACACGCGUGGCCGUGAAGGUUCUUAAAGCCACAGACGUGGUCAAGGCGACCAACGAGUUUCAGCAGGAGGUGGAGGUACUAAGCCAGAUUCAGCACCCGCACGUGGUGAUGCUGCUCGGCUGCUGUCCCUCCCACCACUGCAUAGUCUACGAGUUCAUGGCGAGUGGCACCCUCGAGGAGCGCCUGCUCUGCGCCAACAACUCGCUGCCCCUCCCCUGGUUCGCCCGCCUCCGCAUCGCUGCUGAAGUCGCCUCUGCGCUCCUCAUUCUCCACGCGCGCCCCAUCCCCAUCGUGCACCGCGACUUAAAGCCCGCCAACAUUCUCCUGGAUAAGAACCUCGUGGCGAAGCUUGGAGAUGUGGGCCUGGCAAAGCUGAUGCCGGGGACGGGGUCGCAGGUACACACGCACGCACAUGAUUCGGUGCCUGUGGGGACUCUGGCUUAUGUCGACCCGGAGUUUCAGCGAACGGGGGACUACGGGCCGAAAUCCGACGUGUACGCGCUCGGGAUUAUUUUGUUUGAUAUUCUGACGGGGCGCAAGCCGACGACUUAUGAGGAGUUAGAGGAGGCAGUGGAUGAGGAGGAUGAGGAAGCUUUCAAGAAGCUUCUGGACGAGAAAGCAGGCGAGUGGCCGAUAGGGCUGGCCAUGGAAGUGGCAAGGAUGGCAGUGCGGUGCAGUGAGAUGCGGAGGAAGAAACGGCCGGAUUUGGAGAGUGAGGUGAUGCCGCUGCUGGCUCGGGCCAGGGAUGAGGCAGCAGAGGCAGAGGAAGCUGCUAGGAAGGAGAGCGGGCGGUCGGGAGGGAGCAAGGACGUGCCCAAGCAGUUGCUGUGCCCGAUUAACAAGAAAAUAAUGGUGGAGCCAGUGUUAGCAGCAGACGGGUACACUUACGAGAAAGCAGCCAUUCAGAUGUGGCUGGAGCGAGCCGACCUAUCCCCCAUAACCAACGAGCCAAUGCCUCACAAGCACCUCAUGCCGAACCUCGUGGUUCGGGAUUUGAUAGCUGACUGGACCAACAAGAAUGUAAAAAGUGAAGCAUAG